AUGAUCAAAUAUGCCAUUUCCAAAGGCGCACAAAGUUUUCUCUGCCAAAUGACCUUAGCACGAAACCGAAGAUCCCUCGUUGGCUCCCUUUUUUCCAUAAAAGAUGGCUACAUUGAAAUCAAAAUCCUCAACAAAGAGUUUUUUCAAGCGAACUCUACUCAAGUGUGUUUAUCCAGUAUUUUGUACAUAAGCCAAAUUAAGUUUAUCGGCAUGCACUUUCCUGUGAAAAGAACCCCGUUGAAUGACGAUAUUUUAAUUUGCGCUCGACAUUUCUUUUGGAAGCAGCGGAAAGUGCUAUGGAGACUAAAGUCAAAAGUCGCCUCGCCUUCAAUUUUGGCUCAUAAUUUCUCUGCCCUAGCUCAAAAUCAAAGAAAACAUCCAUAUUUGUAUUCGAGGGAGUGCAUUUCUUACAAAUCUUUUCCUCGGAACGACUACGUUCAUCUUUUUAGCCCCGUUGGAACGCUCGACUUUAUUUCUCGGAAAUACAAGGCUCGAAUUUCAGAGCUUUCCUUGCUUGUAUUUACCAUUGAAGAGAAAGAUGUUUUGAUUGAUUCUGAGCAAAGGGCCUCGUUUAAACAACUGAUAGGGGUUCUUGAGCAGAAUCAGCGGAUACUCAAAUCUAAAUAUUGCCUUCAACACGAAAACAUGCUCCAAUUUCGAUGGGGGUUUUUUCAAUCCACUUCGAUCACUCCUUAUCGACAAGAAUAA